AGCCCUUAAAUGUUAAAUUGAGAUUCAAACUUAUUUCUUUUAUAAAUUGCGAAAAUGUGACUUUUAUGCUGUAUUGAUUUUUGAUAAAUUUACAUCGUUGCCAUGUUGUGUUGUGACUGUGGCCCCAUAAUUGAGUUCUGAACUGAGACCUACUGAAUAUUUAAUUUUGUAAAUAAUGUCUUACGAUUAUUGUAUACUUGAAAUUUUGUAAGGAUGAUGGAGCCAGCUGCUCCUGGUACUGAAGAUGAAACUAUUGAUCUGCAUUUUGUGACUAAACAGGAGACUGAACAGGAGCGCCUACUAAAGCUAAAAGUUUCCAAAAAUGGCAAGCCUCUACAAGUGUUCGAACUCAGUUACACUAAUGGGAGUGAAAGUUGGUUUUGUAAGGUUUGUGACUGCCCAGUCAUGGGCAGAGUGUAUCAACACGAGAUCGGACGUAGACAUACGCAAAAUAUAGCGGCCCUUUCGGGGGACGUUCCCGAAUCGACUAAAAAAGAAAUAACUGAAACCAAGGAAGAAUUUAGCUCCCCAAUUGAAGUGGCUCCUGGAGAACCUGUACCUCCUGGAUUUGAAGGGGAGCUCAACCGAAAUUGCGAUAUACAAGAGCGACUUGAUGGUUUUAAGGUGGGCCCUCUGGUUGCUUUGGAAUACCUUAUUGAGAUGUACGAUUUUGACCCAGCAAAGGAACCGUCUUAUUUAUGCAUCCUGUGCGAUAAGAAAGGCGACCCAAGGACCGUGUUAACCCAUUUGGCUAGUUAUAAUCAUAUUUCGCAGUACCUCCAAAAACACUUUCCCACUUGCUAUCGAGCCCUUGCUCCGUACAUGACUAAACAGUAUAAGAGAAACUGGCAAACUGUUUUACAAAAAGUGGCGGAGGCUAUAGAGAAGAAGUACGGAAGGCUGAAGCCGUUUUCUCUUGAUCAUGAUAAAUUUGAAAAGGAUAGGCUUCAUUAUUUGGAAAUAAUCUCGAAGGGAAAUCAUUUUUCUGAGCAGAUGGGUCCAACGUUUGUGGAAUUGAUUGUGCACGAGGAACUUACUAAAACAUUUGAUGAUGAAGGCAAAGUAAUCAAAAAACAAACUGCCCAAUUCGGCGGCCAUAGUUUCAUCGAACGUCCGCCGGUGAAGGAGCCACCGAAAGCGAAACGUAGCCCGUCGCCACCGGUGGUAGCGAAACCAACCAAAAAAGCGCGCCCGCAAGGGCCGGAACCUAAAAAACCUUUCGAAAAUCGUCCGCCUCUCAAGGGCAACCGUGGCGAGAGAAAACGCAGUUUAUCGAGUGUCUCCAGUUUAUCGAGCGAAGAUGAAUCCAGGGGCAGAGGUAGGAGAUUCGCUAGGAAUAAAUCACCUCCUAGGGUUGGCAGAGACAACGCGAGAAGAUUUAAUGAUAGGAGGGACGAAAGAGGAACUUACAGACCUAUAUCGCCCAAACGACGAAAUAAUCCGAUGGCAAGACCCAGAGACCUUGAGGAUGAGAGGCGCAGAAAUAGAGAAAAAGAGAAGCAACAGAAAAUGGACGAAUACGAAAAGUUGUCUAAGGCUAUCGAAAAUGACGUAGAGAAGUUCAUGAAACAAUACGAAAAAAAUCCGGAGAAACACCCGAAGUAUAACGAGGAGUGGAAGUUAUUUUGGAAUAAACGGUACAAGGAACUACAAAUGGAAGGUAAGGACGCCUCUAAAUAUGAUUUCAAGCCAGAAUGGAUUGGUUUUUGGGGAAAAAGAAUGCGAGAGCUCGCCAAUGAGGAUCUCGCAACUCGAAAGGAAGGACUUAAAAGACGCUUAGGACUUGCAGAAGAAAUUGUUCCCGUUAAGUUUCGAAUUGGAGGCGGACCUGUAAUGCCCAGCAGUAAUCUUAAAUCCGAACCGAAGAACACCCGGCCUACGAUGCCGAUGGCCGCGCGGCCGGAUAACGAUCCUGAGGUGAUUAUUGUUGAGGACAGGAAAGACCCCCCACCAAGAAGACCGUAUCAAAGAGAAAGAUCGCACAGUCCUUGGGAAAGCGAUGUCUCGCCGCCACGUAGCAGAGGUCACCGUUCGAGGUCAACGGAUCGGCGUAGACCCAUAAAACCCAAAGAGAGAUCGCCUUCGCGACGAAGCAUGGAACGUGACACUAGACGACCGUUACUAAAAGACAAGAGGUCACCUGAGAGAAGACGAACUCCGGAUAAGGGCAGGAGGAGCGUGGAGAGGAGCAGCAGGAGGUCGCCGGAGAAGCGAGGAAGAUCCCCGGAGAGGACGAGAAGAUCGCCGGAGAGGAGCAGAAGAUCGAGGUCCAGAGAAUUGAGGAACGAUAGGCCGAGGAGGAGCUCGCCGCUGCUUAAAGAUAAAAGAUCAAGGUCACCCGAUUCAUACAAAUCGGGCAGUAAAAGCUACCCAAGGGAGUCAGAAUUUUUGCGAGAGAGAGAUCUUGUGAGAGAACUCGAUAUCAAAUUGGGCGGUACCGGGAUUAUCCCAACGGAAAGGAAUCGGGACAGAGCCAGAGAAAGUUCUUAUGAGCGCGACGUUAGGGCCAGAGACAGGAUUAGAACCGUCGCCGACUUACCGUGGGAAAGAGAAAAACUUUAUGGACAUGGACCUCCGCCAAUGCGAAUGCAUGACGAUUACUAUGCCCCUCGCGAUCCCUAUCGUCCUGUUUUAAACUUCGUACCCCCACCUGGUGUCCAAGAACCAGAACCUGAUGAUGAAGAGGUUAAUAUUGUCUCGGUACUUCGACUACUUACAGCCCUCGAAGAAAAACUCGGUUCUCUAGGACCCAAGAUCAUCGAUUUGCUGGCCCAAGCAUUAGCUUUGGAGAAAAAAGAAGCGAAUAGUAGUGAAAUCUUGUUGGAUAAUGAAAUCAACUGCGUUAUGUUCGAAACUGUUAAGGAGAAAUUAAAGGGACAACUUCUAGCCGGUUUGGUAGAUCCCCUGCAGGAGAGAGCGUUUAAAAAGGCCAUACAAAAAACGGCAAAUUUAAUACAUAUCGCCAGUCAACGGAAAAAGACGACACAAGAGCCCCGUAAGAUAUUAUUUAUUUAUUUUAUGACGAAAUUUUAUUUUUUUACGUGUUUUAAAUUAUUUUUAGCUUCUGCAGCAGUUGCCGUACCCGGAGUGGGAGCAGUGGAUAAGGCAGCGAUUGCAAAGCAAUUGGCCAGCGCUCUAGUAGCUCAAGGAAAGACUGAUGUAACGCAAGCUGAGUUAGAGCAGUUAAUAAAUGCAGUGGUUGGAAUGGCAGAAGCAUCAAAAGGUUCUGGUAAACCAAUGACCGCCGCGAGCUUCCUCUCGCAGCUAUCAGGUGGCGGUGAAAGCAGUAAGGAGCAAAAGAAGUUCGAAAACCCUAAAGAAAAAGUAAUUAUUCCUCGAGUAAAAUCAAAAGAAGAAAAGUUGAAGGAUACUAUUAACGACUUGGACUUAAUGACCGAACCAUUGUCACCCGGUACGCCAGAAAAAUCUAGCGCCAGUCAUAUGGAGAAUCUGUCAGAUUCGGAUUUGCAAACGUUACUACAAAACUUUAAAGAUUUAUCCACUGAAGAGCAAAUGAAUUUGAUUAAUUAUUUGAAGAAGAUGGAGUUCGACGAACCCGAAAGGGUUGAAAGGUUAAGAAAAUUCGUGAAUUUAGGACCCGAGAAACCAUCUAAAGAGCCGAUUAUAGAUGUUGAUAGUCCUAGAAGGAAUGGUAGGGAUGAUUUCGACGCGCACGAUAAAAGAAAGAAAACAGAAAAGAUACAUUUAGAUUCGGAAGAUGAAGAUUACAGUUACGAAGAUGUUGUUAAAGCCGCCUCAAAGAACAUCAAACAAAAAGAAAUGGAAACCAACCGUAAACUCGUCGAAGAUUCGAUCGUAUUUAGUAGCGCUCAGAAAAGCACGGGAAAUCUAAGCGAUGCGAAAUCGAUAAUUUCCAGUCUAAUGGGGUCUUUCAGUUCCGCGUCUGCUUCGAGUAACAUGUUGGGACUUCCGUCCGGACCGUCGUCUUCUAUGGCAGCUUUAAGUAGUCUGACCACGACGACGUCUUCUGCGGACCUCACUAAGGCCCUGAACGGUAUUAACAUGGAUAAUUUGGCCAGUAUAGUCAGCUCCGUGCAAAAGGUCAACCAGAACAAGCAGCUGAAAUUCGAACCUCCACAAAGUUCACCGAAGAAAGAGUUAUUCUCUAAUCCUCCGAAAUCUAAUCCUCCUGCCUCAAAACCUGCGGAAUCAACACUACACAUUUCGCCACCGGUAAGAACCUUACAAACGGAUAAAGAUAUAUUUUUCGAACCUCCCAAAAAAAUUCCACCACUAAUGAAUGCCCCGAUGAGACCGAUGGGGGGUCCCGUAAGACCAGUUGGACCGCCACAUUUGUCCAUGGGGCCACGAGGGCCGGGCCCGAGGGGUCCCGGUAUGAACAUGCCGCCAAGAGGUCAGUUUCAACAGAGGCCCCCUUUCGGGGGACCCAAUAUGAGGCCAAGGCCGCCUUUUAUGGGAAAUCAGAGGUUUGGUGGGCCUCCCAGGCAAGGGUUUAAUCCUAGGUGGUAGUUAAGAGUUAGAGUUAAGUAAUUGUUAUAUUAAGAUAUUCUUUUGUAAUUCUGGAAAGGACGAUUGUGUAAAUAUAAAUAAAUUGCAGUUUGAGUA